UAGUUGGAAUACAAACUUUUUUUUUUUGAAAAUAAGUUUCUCAUAUAUGACAGUAAUGUUACGACACACAUGGAAAUACAGUGAAUUGUUAUAUAAUGCUCGUUGUUCUCGGGACUCUAGUCAACGAUCAUUAGUCUUCGGAUUUUGUAGUAUGCAUUAUAGAUUUAUAGUGUACUUUCUCAUGUUUAUUGUGCAUUUUGUAUGGUUUGCUUUCUCGUGUUUCUUAUAUGCUUUUUGUGGUUUGGUUUCUCAUGUUUUUUGUAUGCCUUUUGUGGUAUACUUUAUCGUGUUUGUGGUUUGCAUUAAGAAGUUUUUGGUGUGUUUUCAAAAAAUUUGUGGUUUGCUUUGUGAGGUUUUUGGUUUGUUUUAAUAUAUUUUUGGUCUGCAUUAGGACGUUUCUCGUUUGCUUUUUGUGGUUUUUUUUUACAGUGUUUGUGGUUUGUAUUAUAAGAUUUCUGGUGUGCAUUUAAAAUAUUUAUGGUAUGUUUUGUGGGAUUUCUGGUAUAUUUUAGGGGAUUUGUGGUCUGCAUUAGGAUGUUUCUGGUUUGUUUUUUGUGGUUUGUUUUAUCAUGUUUGUGGUCUGGAUCAGAAGAUUCAUGGUGUGUUUAUGAAAUAUUUGUGGUUUGCUUUGUGAGAUUUUAGAUAUGUUUUAGACGAUUUGUGGUAUGCAUUAGGGAGUUUUUGGUAUAUUUUUUGUGGUUUGUUUUACAAUGUUUGCGGUCUAGAUUAGAAAGUUUCUGGUGGUGCUUACGCAACAACCUCUGUCGCUUCAUAGAAUGACCCGAAAUCCCAAUACUUGGUUGAAGAUGAAGAAGGGUCAUGGGCGUGGAAAAAUCACCACCAUCAUCUUGUUGUUGCUUUAAACCAUUCUAAACUGCAUGCAAACCCAGAAUUUCAGCAGACGUUUUCGCACAUUGAUGAACUGAUGUGUUUACUAAUGACAGAGACAUGCAGACGGAAAGACACAUGGCAAAGCUAAAUAAUAAACCAAGGUCACCAGUCCCUUUGAUUCGUUCACGCCAACAUUCGUCUUCCUCUACUCUACUCCCCUUCUUCUCACUCACUUCACCACUCCCAGCAGCUUCCGACUUCGCAUCCGAAGUUGUCGCUCUCCUCCAAUGGGCUUCCACCUUGCACGACCUCUGCCAAUCCAAUAUUUUAAUCUGGCUGGUCAACGCCAACCACGCUGUCGCCACUCCCUUUCGCUUCGUCGGUGUCUCUUGCGAUGCCGCAGGGAGCGUGCUUCGAUUAAACCUAACCAACUCCGGUCUAAAUGCUUCGAUUACAUCCUUCAUGAUGAUUUCUGGUUUUUGCAGCCGAUGGCGUCGAGCAGAGGCCAGUAAUGGCGGGCAGAGAAAAACGAGAUCUGGUGGGGGAAAGGAGCGGAGUGGAGGAGAGGCGGAAGGCGGAUUGGUUUUGGACGAGAGAGAGUCAAUUGGUGCCAGCGAUGGCAGAGGAUUGGCAAUGGCACAGUUUUUGGGAGUUGCUAAAGGUCCCCCUUAAAAUUGUUAAAGGUCGCCCUAAAAAGUCUCAAAGUUACACUUUUAACCCCCUUAGCUUAUUUACCUUCCCUUUAGCAAACAAACACCACUUGGACUAAAAAAACACUAUCUAAGGAGAGAAAAAUCCAUCAUCGUCAUUUUGAAGCCGAUAUUGUCGGUAGGACGUCUGAAUCAUGAGUAGCGACUCCGACGAGGUAAAAACAUUAACUGGAAAAAUAAAAAAACACAGAAAAUGGGAACCGCGGGUCACUUGCAGUUCGACCAUGGUCCAACCGCAAGUCUUAGCUUCUUUACCUUCCCUUUAGCAAACAAACACCACUUGGAUUAAAAAAACACUAUCUAAGGAGAGAAAAAUCCAUCAUCGUCAUUUUGAAGCCGAUAUCAUCGGUAGGACGUCUGAAUCAUGAGUAGCGACUCCGACGAGGUAAAAACAUUAACUGGAAAAAUAAAAAAACACAGAAAAUGGGAACCGCGGGUCACUUGCGGUUCGACCAUGGUCCAACCGCAAGUCACCUGCGGUUGGACCAUGGCUGAACCGCAAGUGACCUGCGGUUGGACCAUGGCUGAACCGCAACUAAGCUGCGGUUGAGCAUUUUAUGGGCUUUUUUUUUCAAAUCAGUAUUUUCUAUUUUGUAUAUAAUUUAUGGUUUGUUCCAUGAGAUAAUUUGUUGGGUUUUGAUUUAUAUAAUUUUCUAGAUUUAUUUGCAUAAUUAUUUUUGGAAUUGAAGGAUUUAGCAUUAGAAAUUAAGAUUAGAUUUGGCC